AUGGAGGAGGAGGAGGAGGAAGAUGGAGGCCGCGGAGCAGCGGGGAGAUCAACGGCGGCGUCCGGCCGCUUCGUGCGGUGCCUUUACGCGGUGGGCUUCCUGGAUUUAUUUGGUGUAAGCAUGGUUGUACCUUUAAUGAACCUUCAUAUCAAAUCUCUAGGAGCAAGUCAUACAGUUGCUGGAAUAAUAGGAUCUCUCUAUGGUAUAAUGCAACUAUUUUCCAGCACAUUUGUGGGCUGCUGGAGUGAUAUAGUAGGAAGACGGUAUUCCCUGCUUGCUUGUAUUCUUCUCAGUGCGCUGGGUUACUUCCUUCUUGGAACAUCCACCACCGUGUUCCUGUUUGCCAUUUCUAGAGUCCCUGUAGGUAUUUUCAAACACACACUCUCCAUCUCUAAAGCCCUGCUUUCUGACUUGGUUUCUGAGAGAGACCGCCCUUUAGUAAUGGGACGCUUCAAUGCAGCCUCUAGUGUGGGCUUCAUUCUGGGACCUGUUGUUGGUGGCUACCUUACAGAGUUGGAAGAUGGCUUUUAUCAAACGUCCUUCAUCUGUGCCUGUAUCUUCCUUCUGAAUGCUGGUCUUGUCUGGAUGUUACCCUGGAGUGAAGAAAACACUGGCAAUAGGGAACAUCAACGAGGCAACAAAGGAACAGACAGUUUCUCAGCAAAAGCAAAUUGUGACCUGCACUUGAAAUCAGCAAGUAAUGGAGCUAUGGCAAGGGAUAGUCUUUUCCAGUCUCCGUGGAUCCAAGUUGCAACGGUGCUGAAGAGGAUUAAAGGAAUUGCGUGCUCUGAUCUGUGGGAUAUAUUUUUAGUGCGGUUGCUGAUGUCUGUUGCUAUACUGCUGUACUAUAGUAAUUUUAGUCUGGCCUUGGAGGAGCGAUUUGGGGUGAAACCCUUGUUUGCUGGAUACCUAAUGAGCUAUAGCAGUGCACUAGGAGUCCUGGCUGGUUGUCUGCUCGGACCAAUAACAAGACUCUAUCAGCACAACACUUACAGAAUUUUGUUGCACUCCAGCACUCUUACCUGCACGUUGAUUCUCCUGUAUGCGUCAGCGCUGAGCAUAUGGAUGGUCAUUUUGUCUUCCACAUUCUUAGCCUUUUCAACUACUAUAGGUCGUACUUGUAUCAUUGAUCUUGAAUUGACCAUUGGUGGGAAUGAGGCCAGCGGUACGCUCCUAGGUGUUGGACAGUCUGUGACAUCAGUGGGACGUAUAGUUGCCCCGCUCCUUUCUGGAAUUGCUCAGGAGUUCAGUCCUUGUGGCCCUCCAAGUCUAGGGGUUGGACUAGCUUUAGUAGCUAUUCUGAUAAUGAACGCGAACAAACAAAAAUACUGUAGCCAUGGAAACGUUAAAUUAAAAAAUCAAUAGCUGCAAAGUUGGAUUGCAUAGAGAUAUCUUGCAGGAGAGGCAAAGUGAAUCAACCUGGGGUGAUGCUUACACCUGCCAGACUUGUACAGUAGUAACAGGAUCUUUUAAGAGGGCACAUUAUGUUCAUGUAGAGGCAAGUACAUAUAAAUAUUUCUGCUGCAGGGAUGUUAACACUAGACAAAUGUUACUCUAACUGGUACCACUAGAACACUUGAGAGAGGGACAGAUGUUGCUGUAUUGUACUGGCUGGGAUUUUUUUAGGAAUUUUUAAACUUUUUGGAGGGGAAAAAAAGCAUUACAUGAAAUACACAAAUCCUGCUUGUAGCUCACAUUUGAAACAGUGUUUAGAUUGAUAGAUUGUUAAAAGUCGGAAGUUGUUUCUUCUUAUUUAAUCAGAGGUGAAUUUUUAUUGUUUAAUCAGAAGGAGAAUUUGCAAUGUAGCUCAUUAGCCUUAACUUCUUAUGCUGUGGUCUGCUGCCAUUUGUCUGCUGUGACGGUAGCUUAAUUACAGGGUGUUUGCUUAUGUGAUUUUGUUAAGCAUACUUUCUCUACAAAACUUGCUGCACAGCAUGAUUAGGCACCUUGGGGUAGCCAUCCAACCCCUGCUGAUUCCUGGUCUUUCCCAGGUAACAAAAUUGGGUAUAUGCUAACUUCAUGUAUUAGAAGGCCUAAAAUGGACAAUUUUAGAAUAAUAUGGCAUCAUUCAGACUGAAACUGACACUGAAUGUAAGCUUUAUUGAAACUUGAACUGGUGGUUUCUGUUUAGUAGUAACUUCUACUGAGCAACUUUGUCAUAAAUUAUUUGUUAAUGUUUCCUGUGCAAUUUUUCCAUCAUUUUAACAAUAAAUUUGCUUCUUAAUUCUUUUGAAUGACUGUUAAAGGUGAGCUGGAGCAACUAGCAGUACCUCAUGGAUCUGGAUUAAUGCAUUCUCUCUCAUCUCCGGAGGCAUAAGUGACAUUUCAGUGACAAGAAAGACUGUUUAUUUGUUGGUAUUUUAGUCUUCAUUUGUCUGCACUGCUUAACUAAAGAGAGGUUACUCUCAGGGCUAUACUGAGAGUUGUAGCACUCUCCUGUGCUAUUUACUGUUCAAGCUCAUAUUACUUGCCAGUCACCACUGUUUGCAUUUCAUUUGAAACAUGAAAAAUGUAUUUUGUACUGCUAACGUUCCAUAUGCUUUUCCUAGUAUUACUUGAUGAAAGUACAAAGUCAACUAUGUAUAAUUGUUGGGGGGAUUUUUUGAUUAAAACCAAUUCAGUUAUCUCCUUGAACACAUCCAUGCAAAUAGCAUUGCUGUUUCAGGAGAGUCAUAGAUGGUGUUUUGCCUUUUUAAUUUUAUUUUAUUCUUUACCUUUUCCAGUGCCUGCUAUCAUUUAAAGCCUUGUUGAAACCUCAGUGAUUCCAGUGGCAGCACUAUGGGAACAUGUAUAGAAUUCUGAGUUGUUUUAAUUUUAUAUAUUGACAUAAUGAG